ACCUUUCCCAGAAAACCCUAACGCCGAGUAUAUAAGGCUAGGAAAACCAGCGUAGCCGCCUCUUCUCUUCGUCCCCUUCCGUUCCCCGAAUUCAGAGCUCUACGCAGGGACAGAGAUGGCGACGGAGGAAGCGAAGGUAGUGAUCCCGGAAUCGGUGUUGAAGAAGAGGAAGAGGGAGGAGGAAUGGGCUCUUGCGAAGAAAUCGGCGGCGGAGGCGAAGAAGAAGAAGGAUCGGGAGAAUAGAAAGCUUAUCUUCACCAGGGCCCAGCAAUACUCCAAGGAGUACGAAUCGCAGGAGAAAGAGAUGAUCCGUUUGAAGCGGGAGGCUAGGAUGAAGGGCGGAUUCUAUGUUUGCCCUGAGGCUAAGUUGCUGUUCGUGAUCCGCAUUAGAGGUAUCAAUGCUAUGCACCCAAAAACCCGAAAGAUCUUGCAGCUUUUACGCCUGAGACAGAUAUUUAAUGGGGUUUUUCUGAAAGUUAACAAGGCAACGAUGAACAUGUUGCGGAGGGUGGAGCCUUAUGUGACAUAUGGGUACCCCAACUUGAAGAGUGUUAGGGAAUUGAUUUACAAGCGGGGUUAUGGAAAGCUGAACAAGCAAAGGGUCCCUUUGUCGGACAAUUCAGUCAUCGAACAAGGUUUGGGCAAGCACGACAUCAUUUGCAUUGAGGAUCUUGUUCAUGAGAUCCUCUCUGUUGGCCCACACUUCAAGGAGGCGAACAACUUCCUAUGGCCUUUCAAGCUGAAAGCACCACUGGGUGGUUUGGAGAAGAAGAGAAAUCAUUAUGUUGAAGGUGGUGAUGCUGGAAACCGUGAAGACUACAUCAACGAGCUCAUCAGAAGGAUGAACUAGGUUUCAAGGUUAUGUUAUCAUCUUUUCUCGUGGAAAGUAAUGAGUUUUCUGAUAUUAAGUUUACUUUACAUCAGGAAGUGGAGUAACAUGAAUUUGCAGUUUUGUUGUUUCGAGCUGGAUGUUAGACAUGUUUCCAGUUAUUGGCGUUUAGUCGUGCCCCUUUUCUUUUUUGAUAGAUGUUCCGUUUUAUUUUGCAAUUAUGCGUUUAUUUCGAACAACAAUGCGUGCAAGUCAGAGUAAUUUGUUAGUUUGAGAAAAGUUUUCCCCUUUAAAGUUUCUUGCUUUUGACUA